AUGGAUGUCUCACGAGUAGUGAAGUUCGAAUCCCAUACAGUGGACGAGGAUGGAGUUCCGACAGAAGUUGCCGAUUAUUUAGAUUAUUUUGCUCAGAUGAUCGAAAAGAAGGAUGUUCUGGAAAUCCACAAUCUGUACGAGCAACAUUUUCCGGAUCUCACUGAGAGGUUUUAUCGUGAGCGGAUGUGGCCUGAUGAACAAACAGUGGAAAGCAUUGUCGGUAGCGAGAAUCGUCUUUUCAUUGUUCUUUACAAAGAGCUUUACUAUCGUCAAGUGUACGCACGCAACCAGCGGGGUCCAUCUCUGGCGCAUCGUUUCGAGUCUUUCAUGAAUUACCAGGACUUAUUUUCUGAGAUUUUAUCUAGUAAAGAGCCAGUGUCGUUAGCUCUUCCUAACGUUUGGCUCUGGGAUAUUAUUGAUGAAUUUGUAUAUCAGUUCCAAGCGUUUUGCCUAUACAAAGCUAAUCCUGGAAAGAGAAGUGUCGACGAAGUAGAUGAGCUUAUAAGUAUCGAGGAGGCUCAGAAUGCGUGGAACAUUUAUCCUGUGCUGAAUAUUUUAUAUUCGUUGUUAUCUAAAUCUCAGAUAAACGAGCAACUAGUGGCCAUCAAAGCACGGAGAAAUCCUGACGAUGUUGCUGAUGAAUUUGGACAGUCGGCCCUUUAUUUUAAAUUGGGAUAUUUCUCGCUGAUUGGUCUACUAAGAACUCAUGUUCUACUUGGAGACUAUCACCAGGCCUUGAAAACAGUGGAAAACGUUGAAUUCGAUGCGAAGGGGCUUUACAACACUGUUCCAUCAUGUCUUGUAACACUGCAUUACUUUGUUGGUUUCUCUCAUAUGAUGAUGAGAAAUUAUGGCGAGGCAACUAGGAUGUUUGCCAAUUGCCUCCCGCAACGGAUUGAUGAGUCUAUUGCUUCUCAGUUAGCCGAACGCUGUGGUGAUCGCAUGUCACGGAUGACAAAUGGGGACUUGGACGAGUUUCGCCUUGCUUUCCAAAUGGGGUGCCCAAAAUUCCUAUCCCCUACCACCGUAGUUUAUGAAGGAUCUAACCUGUCGAAGGAGCCUUUGCUGCGUCAGUCCCAAGCUUUUCUGGAAGGAGUAGAAGCACAAAUGGCACUGCCUAUACUGCGUGGAUAUUUGAAGCUCUACACCUCUUUGCCUACGAAAAAACUCGCAUCGUUUAUGGAUGUGGAUGAUAAGAACUAUGACUCAUUUAUCGGAAAGUUGUUGAGUUACAAGAUGAUUGUCAAUGAACUUGGUAAGGAUUCAGUAGCCGUUCCAAAUGAAGACGACGAACCGAACACGGAUAUUGAUUUCUACGUUGAUAAGGUAUACUAA